AUGGAUCUCCUCAAAGUCUCCGGCUGGCCGUUGGCAAAUGUGGAAGCAGCACAUGAUCAGCUCGUCGCAUUGUUCGCCCCAACCAGUUACAGCGUACGCGAAGCUGACCAAGAUUGGCUGCUGCAUGGGGAUCUUGUCGCCAUCACUGCAACCUUUGCCCUCGGCCAGAAGCCAUACUUUGAUGAUUUCUACGAGCUGGUUCGGUGCUACGAAGGCUACAAGCAAAGCGACGGGCAUCGCACCGCCGAAUCCUUGCCGUUUUAUGCGAGCACUGCGCCACAGACACUGGAAUUCCACGGCACCUGGCAGCAAUAUCGAAUGGCGGUGGCCUCCUGGCCAAACUUCGUGACGUGGAGCGACUGCUACAAGUUGAAGGGAUGUGGCCAUGUGUUCUGCCGGAUUUGUCUCAAUCGACAGGUGCUCACCUGCGAGACCAGCCGCGAGAAGGUUCCUUUUGCUUGUGCGGCAUGCGAAGAGCCCUUCCGCCCCGUUGAUAUCCAGCGCUUAUUGCUCGGCUACAACUUGGGAUACGGCGAGGGAUUUCAUGCGUGGUGGCUGGAUGCGGAGAAGCUGCGGAACUUUACGAAUGCGCGCCUCAACAACUUGCGGACGCUGGCCGACCGCCCCUUCUUUGCUGCC